AGGUUUGCAUUGGGGGACUGCAAGAAGCCUGUAUAUGAGUCUGCAUCACUGAUUGAAGAUAUUGUGCACCAUCAGAUGACUAUACUGCUACAGAGGGCAGCAGACGUCUGUAUGCUGAGAGGAGCGAGGUUUAUCAGCAUUGAAGAUUUCAUAUUUCUCAUGAGGAAUGAUCAUGAUAAACUGAAAAGACUGUUUCAAUUCUUGAGUUUCAAAGAUAUGGGAAUGAAACUAACACGGCAAAUCAGUAUGGAUGAUGAAGAGGAUAUCACUGAUGAGCUGAAGGCCACACAGGCCAAGAGAAGAAAGUUAUGCCAGGACUUCCUGUCCAGUAUCGACCACACGGGGGAGCUGUCCAGUUUAUUAGAAUCCGAUGAAGUAGAUCCGAUCAAGCUGGAGAGACAGGAUAGGGCCGACCAGAAGGCCCGCGGAAUGGAUUUGAAUUCUUACAAGGAAUACACAGAGGCGAGGAGAAUGAACUUCAUCAGGAAAUCAAGCAAGUUCAAGGAGUGGUUAGACAUUGGUAACCUAGAACCUAAACCUAAUGCCUUUGCCAUGGAGAUAGUAGGAUUCCUUGCUCAUGAAACAGUAGCACAGAUCGUGGAUCUCUCCCUGCUGGUCCAGCGUGACAUGCUUGCGUCCCCCUGCGACCCCAUCUCGAAAUCCAUGAGCCCGAUAUGCUUCAGCAACCUCUCCCCCUUAACGACCCACCCCCACCAUGCCAAGCUCAAAGCAGCCAACACCCCGCCCUCAACACCCUCACAAUCCCCCGUCCCUUCGUCCCCCAAAUCCCCCACGGACAAAAUGGUAUCGCCCUUCCUCUCAUCCACCAAUGGCAAUGGGAAUGGAGGCAACCUGAGUGCGUCUAAUAACAGCAACAACUCGGAUAGUUCAUCGCAGUCACAGGGGGACUCCAAGGCCCCUCUCACGCCAGGAGGGACUUCGAAAGCAAAGUCAAAGAAAAAGAAAAAGGACCGUGGUUCAUCCUUAGCAGCGUUGAGUCAGUAUCUUGCUAUCCAACCCCAUCACAUAAUUGAAGCUAUGAGGAGAUAUUCAGACGUCAUCCAACCAAUGGCUUACUUUUCGAAAUAUGUGACGCGGAUGAAACCGAAGUUACUGGUCUUGUAAUGGCUUGAUGAGACAUCUCUUAUGCAUUGAUUACUGCCAUCAUUCCUCAUGUACUUAGCGAUUUAUGGAUCAAGAUAUGCAAUGGGUGAUUUCAACUUCGUUGUUCAGUGUGAAAAGGCUGCUGAACCAUGCUCCAACACUGAGCUGGGUUCAGAGGAGCGAUACCGAUCAGGCUAUUGAUAGCCUUUGAUGUCACGUCUCUGUGCCUGAACUUUACG